AUGGCACAGUCUCAAGGCUGGGUGAGAAGAUACCUCAGGACCUUUUGCCGAGGCUUCUUUGUGGCUGUGCCCGUGGCUGUGACUUUCCUGGAUAGAGUCGCCUGCGUGGCAAGAGUGGAAGGAGCAUCGAUGCAGCCUUCGUUGAAUCCUGGAGGGAGCCCAUCAUCUGACGUAGUGCUUCUGAACCACUGGAAAGUUAGGAAUUUUGAAGUACGGCGUGGUGAUAUCGUGUCACUGGUGUCCCCAAAAAACCCAGAACAGAAGAUCAUUAAGAGAGUGAUUGCCCUUGAAGGAGACAUCGUAAAGACCAUGGGUCACAAAAACCGGUAUGUCAAAGUCCCACGGGGUCACAUCUGGGUUGAAGGUGAUCAUCAUGGACACAGUUUUGACAGUAAUUCUUUUGGGCCGGUUUCCCUGGGACUUCUCCAUGCCCAUGCUACACACAUCUUAUGGCCUCCAGAGCGCUGGCAGAAAUUGGAAUCUGUUCUUCCUCCAGAGCGCUUACCAGUCCAGAUCAAAGAAGAGUGA